AUGUCGGUCGACCUCGCGCCGGGCGUCGCGUCGAGCGCCUUCCACGUCAACUUUUGCAGCCACGAGACCAUCUUCCAGGCGCAGUACACGCGGUACCAGCGGGCGCGCAAGGUCAAGGUCAUGCGGUGCUUUCCGCAUUGCUGCCCGUGCCACGUCGCCAACCGGUACUGUGGCAUGCCAUUGCAGCUGCGCACGACGCUUGCGCCGACGCCGACGCCAAGGACGUAUGCAUCGCUGCUCAAGAUUGCGCCAACAGACCACGAGAGCUGGGCGCUGGGCGCGAUAUUGCCGCCCCAAGAUGGCCGCGAAGGCGACGAUGACGACGGCGCCACGUGGUACCCUGGCAUGGAAGAAGCUCUCGAGAACAACGCGCUCGGGAGCUCGUUCAACCAUAGCUUGGUCGAUGGCUGGACGUACGGGUGGAAGAGUGGCCGCAGCCAAAGCGUCCGAGACCGCCUCCACGCCGCCACGGGCUUUCUGUUUGAAGUCGUCUUGUUGGCAAGCGGCAGCGUGGCCUGGCAUCUCAUCGCCAAAGUCACAUCGCCCGGCUUUACGGUGGCCACGUACCGUAACCGCGGGGGUGGCGCGCCCCCCAUGGCACCAUCGUCCUGGCCGUCGUCGUCGUUGUUGUUGGUGCCGGCGCCGAUCCGCACCAUGGCCAGCGACCUCGGACUCGUGAGCUAUUUUUUGGAUACGAUCGAGCCGUCAAACGCGGCGGCCGAGGCUGCGCUGGUCGGCCAUCUCCUCGGCGACGGGUCGCCGCCUGCUCCAUUCGACUGCGUGGCGCGGUGCCAUGGCACACCGGUCUCGGACGAGCACGAGAUGGCGGCCGCGCUCCUAGCGCACUUGCUCGAGCCAGCGCAUGUGACGCAGCUCCGCGCCUAUAUCACGACGCACGAAGCGUGUGUGCUCGCCAAAGCGACACUGCGUCAAGCCUACAGUGACGGCGUCGAGCUGCUGCACACGCUCGCCAAUGAUUUUUUGACGCGCGCCUUCGACACGACGCUGUCGCUUCUGGCGUCGCUCGUGCGUCAAAAGCACCCGGCGAUGGACGCGGCCGUGCAAGCGCAGAUUGGCAUUGAAGGCCGGUUCGGGUACCGCUCGGUCGUGGCCCAUUUCCGUGAAAGUGCGCUGAGUUCGCCGUGGGGACCGCUGCGUGCGAACGAGUCGGCCCUCUCGGGCCGUUGGAUGUUCGAUCCAGACGCCUCCAGCAUCGAGCUCGCAUCGGGCGCUACGUUCUCGCUGUGGGAAGCCACGCGCUGGGCGACGUGGCUCUACGGCUGCCGCUUGGAGCACCGUGGCAUGACGUUGCACGUGACGUCCGACUGGCAACUGUAUGCGAGUGCACCCGCGGUCUUUCUGCUCGACAAUGCGCCGCGCCUUCUGCGCACGUUCCCGAACGGGGAAUCCACGAUGGGUGGGACAGGUGUCGUACUCGACGGCGAUUACGUCGGCCACGUCACCAGUGCCGGCGACAUUUACCUCGAGUGCUACCGGUACCACUUGCUCGCGGCGUGCAGCUCGCGCCUACAACUCCAGCUCAGCGUGCGCGACGGCAACCUCUGCUGCAGCUUCAAGUGGUACUGCAUCGACGGCCGCCUCGACCCGUCGCUUGUCGUCGCGGCCGUCGCCGAACGACGGGCGGUCGUUUGGGAGUCGGCGUCGGCACCGAUCGUCGGUUGUGGCGACGCUGUGUUCGUCCGACGCCGCGUAGACUGA